GUAGCGAUCGGUGCGCCAGCGCCAGUCCGGUCCGUGUGCUCGAAUUUUCCGAUUUCCUCGCGCGGUUUCCUAGUUUUCGUCGGAGUUUCCAUCAAAUACAAGUGCCGUAGAGAGUGUGAAGACCGCGAGUUUUCGCCAUUUGGACCUAAUGCGGCAAAACAGAAGGUGACGCAAACGUUCAAGGUUUUAUGGCGCUCCACGAUGCCGAUGAGAUGCGGGAGGACCACCGGGAGGCUGACAGGGAAACAGUGAAAUGCUGAAAAAAGGCAGCCACGUGGGCUGAGCUCACCCGCACUGGCGGCGCUGUCUCUCCGAAAAGAUGUCCUAAUAUGGGUCAGCCCUGUAUGCUGGUUCGCGUGGCUGCUAUUCUUCUUGUGACUCGAGAAACUGUGGCCCUUUCUGAUAUCUUCGAAGAGGGAAAGUCCGACAAAGAAAUCUUGGAUAAUCUCCUGAAGGCCACUCGUUAUGACAAGAGACUCCUGCCUCCGGUCAGAGAUUCCCUACUUGUGAAUGUCAGCGUAUUGCUGCUCAGUUUGGCCUCCCCAGAUGAGUCCAGUUUGAAAUAUGAAGUGGAAUUUCUGCUCCAGCAGCAAUGGUACGAUCCACGACUGCAGUAUUCAAAUCAGAGCCAGUACAACUACCUGAACGCCAUCCACCACCACAACAACAUCUGGAUACCUGACACGUACUUCAUCAUGCACGGUGAUUUCAAAGAUCCGAUCAUUCCGAUGCACUUUUCUCUCCGGAUAUACCGGAACGGAAGUGUCAACUACCUUAUGCGGAGACAUUUGAUUUUAUCAUGCCAGGGUAGUUUGAACAUUUUUCCAUUCGACGAUCCGACAUGUACAUUUUCGAUGGAAAGCAUAUCCUACGAGAUGACUUCGAUGCGCUACGUAUGGAAAAACGAUGAGGAUGUUCUUCGAAAGUCGCCGAGUCUAAUGACCCUUAAUGCUUACCUCAUAAAUAAUUCAACGUUAAUAUGCCCCAUAAAGUCUAGUUGGCGAGGUAACUAUAGCUGUCUCAUGGUAGAACUUAUAUUUACCAGAGAUCGAGCCUUUUAUUUCACGACAGUAUUUAUACCAGGAAUAAUAUUAGUGACGUCGUCCUUCAUAACCUUUUGGUUAGAAUGGAAUGCAGUGCCUGCUAGAGUAAUGAUUGGUGUAACGACAAUGCUCAAUUUUUUCACAACUUCAAAUGGUUUUCGUUCGACUUUGCCGGUGGUGUCGAAUCUGACGGCUAUGAACGUUUGGGACGGGGUGUGCAUGUGCUUCAUAUACGCUUCUUUGCUGGAAUUCGUUUGCGUAAAUUAUGUGGGGCGAAAACGACCCUUACACAACGUCGUCUACAGACCCGGAGAAAAUCCUGUAACGCAGGGCGAGUGGCCCGAAACGCUUUUGUCAGUGGCUCUCCUCAUAAGAUUGUACGUUGUUUGGUCUGUCAUGUUGCAGCGACUGCCCGCUGUACUCAGCAGGAUAGGCAUUAUUCUGGCCAGUCCCUUGGAGACCGCAGAACAAGAAUACUAUUCCACAUUCUGUGAGAGCCCCCAGUUUUUUAGAGGAGACAAGAAGAGAGACUCUGCUGUGCCCAAUGAGAUAGUCACGUGUACAAACUGCGGGCCAAAUCCAUGCACGCAUGCGGCAAACAACGGCUGCGCAGAGGUAAAUAAACCUUCAUUUAUGGCAUGUGUCCUGCAGGUUAGAAAAAAGGAGCCGCCCCACCCCAUCCGCGUGGCGAAAACCAUCGACGUCAUCGCCAGGAUAACUUUCCCGACAGCAUACGCAGUUUUCCUCGUGUUUUUCUUCUACCACUACAAGAGCUUCACAAACGUCUCACACGACGAGUGAGAACGUUAAACGAUAUUUUGCAAAAAACACGUACAUAUCAAGUUGAAAUUAUUUUGCAGUGAAUUAAAUCCAAGUGUUGGAGAAACUCGAUAUGCGUAGUGUAAGUAGUUUUUCGAUUUAUGAAUCAAUAAUAAUUUCUGCAAUUUUUGCAUCAUGGUUCGCAAAACGUGUAGCUGUAUCAGCACUGUAUAUAAAAAAGAAAUAUUUUCAAAAUAGUUUAUGUAUACCACACAUUCGAACUGUAUUCACCGGAAGUCACAGAUCAUAUUUACCUGGUACUACUGUGUUAUAUAUACUCCAAUACAAGAGAAACUCCUUUUCAGAAUUCCAAGACUUUGAUGAAUGAAUGAACUACAGCCGCCGCACUGAUUUAUGGCCGUGUAGUAAAUCCGGCACGGUUUUACUAUUAUUAUUAUAUAUACGUAUCCCACUGAAACAUCUACGGGUUUAUAGCUGAGUCACCUGUAAAGUAAUACGUCAUUAACUGUCUAUCAAUCCUUGGUAACCCUUUCGCUAUUGCCGUGUUUGUUUGAAUUCAAAUAAAAUUUGGCAGCUGCUGUCACCAGAUGCGAAUUUCUUCACAUCAAAUUUUGGAUGUUAGGCAAGUCCGAAAGAGGCUUGAAUUCCGCCUCCUGCACUAGAAGGAGGUCUUUAGUUGCAGAGAGAAAAGAUCUUUCUUAAAAAUUCGCAGACACUUCCUUCCAAGAGGUUACUAUGGUAGAUUUUCAAAUAAAAGCCUGAUUAAAACCUUCAGAAGAAACUAUAUUCAAUAAUAAAGGAAAUAAAGGAAAAAUAUACAAUAAAAUAGUUAAAGAACAAAAAUACCAAAAAAAAAUUUAAAAAAAAACAAUAAUCAUAACCAAAUCUCGAAAAAAAAAUUAACCUCAAUAUUUGUGCCUUCGCCGGAAAUUACUAUAAUAUACGAGAGUGACGAAAUACUCUAACUUGGCCGAUGAUUUCUGACCGCUAAAUAUCUAUAAGGCAAUUAUUAGAUCCACUAUGUAUACAAAUUUAUUAUGGCUAACUCUUUUCCAAAAUUAUAAAAUGGUUAGUACAUAUGUAUAUUUAACUCACCGCUGCCUUUGUUUCCUGCUAUUCAAAAACUUUUGCACUUCACUGCUCGAUUUUCGCUUCAGAAUAAAAGACUACCCAAAAUCGCCUAUUUUUCAAGAAUUAAAAAAAUUAAAGAUUCCACCCAGGAAAAAUAUCUCGCAAAACAAAAUAUACCGCCCUUGAUUGACCGUCAAGAGAACCCUUCAAACUCCCAAGUUUUCGAACCUCCUCAAAAUUCACGCAGACUCACUUCCCAAACAAAAACUUUCGCACCACUCUAAGACCGCUGCCUUAAGCGAAGAGUUCUCAGAACCAUCUGUCUUUUCUUCUUCCAAAAGCCAGGAAGACCAUCACGAGUGCCUCGCCCCUCACGUACGACGUAGGUCAUCGAAAACAUCUUUCGAUGAGUUCACAAAACUUUCAAUUCUGGGAUAUUGAUAUGCCCAUAUUAACAUUUCGAGCUACGUGAUAAUUAUAUCUGACUGGGCAUCACGCCGAUGAAUAGUGUUUAUCUUAACACUCUCGGUCCCUCAGCAAUAAUUUAACGUUUUAUGAGAGACAGUUACGGCAUUUAAAAAUAAUCUGAAUUGAAGAAAUAUGUCUCUUCCCGAAUUAAGAAUUUAUAUUACUAUACAUAGCUUUCGCUAGGUAUUACAGCCGGUGAGAAGCCCCUCCCUCUAGAUGUGCAGUAGAUGUGUAGAAAUCUGUUAUCAGUCUGUUAGACUC